AUGUUGUCCGAGUCCUUCUUUGCCUCGACUGGUGGCCCGCCCAUCUCCUCCCGGACCGAGAUAGCAAAAGACGUGGGUAUCUACUCGUACCAACUGCACCCUACACUUUCCGCCAAGGCAACCUUCAAGAAGAGCUCCGCAUCUGUCAACUGCCUCGCUGUUAAUGAGUCGCACAUAUUUGUGGCACAAAAGGACAAGGCUCACGUUCACGUCUACUCGAGAACCCGGGGAAACCAAGAAGCGUUGAUCCCGUUUUCUGAAAAGAUUACUUCUCUUGCUCUUGUCCAAGAUGUGCUCCUCUUAGGAACUGCCCAGGGCAGGUUGAUUCUUUGGGAGAUCUGCACGGGACGACAAGUAACCACUCCCCCUUGUCACGUCCAAGCCAUUACAUGUAUCGCUGCAAGUCCUUACCAUGUCCUCACUGGGUCGGAUGACUCCAACAUUCACGUAUGGUCAUUGCCUCACCUCCUUGACCUUGACGUGCGCGCGGACCACGAGCCAGACAGAUCCUUCUCAAACCAUAGAGCAGCUAUCACGUCGGUAGCCGUUGCAAAGGGCACGAACCCGGAAACUGCCGUCUGCAUCUCUUCCAGCAAGGAUAAGACCUGCGUGAUAUGGAACUAUCAGACGGGCGAGGCUCUAAGGACACUCCUCUUUCCCUCGGUGCCUCUCUGCCUCUGCCUGGACCCUUGCACGAGGGCCGUCUUCGUUGCGACCGAGGACAAUUCCGUCUUCGCCGUGGAAAUAUUUGGGGAUAACGCUCUUCUCGGCCCCCGUAGCGAAGGUCUCUUAUCCACGGCGGUUCAAGUCACAACCCCACUGGGAGUCGCCGAAGCGGACGACGGACCGGCUUCCUGCAUAGCCGUCAGUUUCGACGGAACGACCUUACUCACCGGCCACACAAAGGCACAGCUAGAAACCAGCCUCUCCGACGAGGCUAGGCUGACGCGAGUCUUGAAUUCAAGAGGGUUCCCGGCCAACGUGUUGGAGGACGCGCUGAUUAGUCUACAGCAUUCUGAUUCAGGCAGUUCCGCGGGCCAAGGAGCUAAUGAGCCGAACGAGGAGCUCUGGCAUAUCAUAAAUGAACAAAGAGCUCUGCAGCAACUCACCUUCCAGAAAUAUGUCGAGGCCAAGGCACCACAAUAG